AGAAUUCUCACUGACCACACCCAGGCCGAUCAGCGAUCCGCCCACAAACGCAACCGACGCCCUCUUCUCCACGGGCUCUUCGAUCCGGCACCAAGAUUUCUCGAUGGCUGGCCCAGCGAAGCAACGCUCCAUCACUCAGAAGCAGCAGCAGCAGGCUGCUCGGUCCUCCGACAACUCCUCGUCAUCUCGCGAUCCGACCCAGCGUUCCAUCAACAAGUUCGAUGGCAACAAGGAUCCUCAUGGUCAUGGCGCUGGCGUCAUGGACUACACCAGGGCCAAUGACUUGAAGAACCUGUCCGAGUUCCUCGGUAUUGCCGGCUGGUACGCAGCUCGUGGACAUACCAUCCCUUCCGCACUUCCUCAGCGCCCAAAGAAUAUCAACUCGUACGGCAAGGAGACUGCGGUUACUCUCAACACCUUCAACGUCAUCAAGGCCCCCUCCAGGGAAGUCUUUCAGUAUGACGUCGCCUACUCUGGUGACUCCAAGGACUAUACCAAGCGCAAGCUGCUGGAGAAGAUCUGGAGGUCGAGGCCAGUCCAGGCCGAGCUUGGCAAGCAGGAGUACUGGGUCUGGGACAGCCAUAAGCUUGCUUGGUCUGGCAAGCGCCUUGAGCGUGACGACACUCGCAUCACCGUCGAUCUCGAUGCUGAAGAGGGCAAGCCUACCAGGGAAGGCGCACGCGGCAACAAGCACACCGUUCAUGUCCGCUUUACUCGUCAAGUGGACUUCAGUGGUCUCUCAGCCUUCCUCAACGGCCAAGCGACGUGGUCUCCCGAGUGCAUCGACACCAUCAACUUCUUGGAUCACCUUAUGCGUGAGUACCCUUCUCAGCAGUAUACGCAGAUCAAGAAGUCGUUCUUUCAGCGCGGCGAGCAGCGCUACGACCUUGGUGGAGGUAUUGAGGCUUUCAAGGGCAUCUUUACCUCUCUUCGCCCUGUCCUUGAUGACAAGUUCGUCAAAUCUUUGUCCGUCAAUGUCGAUGUAGCCAACGGCACCUUCUGGCGCUCUCAGGAGCUCACUCGCGCUGUUAGCCAGGUUUUCAACUGCUCUCCCCCUCAGCUCACUCAGCGCUUCAAGGAAGCUCAGCGUGACUGGCGCAAGUCCAUGCUGCGCAGAGACUUCGGCGCCUUCAGGAGGGUCGGUGUCACCUCUACCCAUACCACCCCUAAUACCCAGUGGACCAUUGACGAAAUUCACAAAGAGGAUGCCAACCAGUGCAUGUUCCCCGACCCUAAUGACCGCCGUCCUGGUAUCCCCGAUGCACAGCGCAAGAAGAUUUCUGUCGCCCAGUACUUCAAGAAGAAGUACAACCUGAACCUUAUUGCUGGCAUUCCAGUUGUCAAGAUGACAAAAAAGAUCCGCGGCUCUCCUGUUUACUUGCCUAUGGAUGUCCUCCGGAUUGACGCUAAUCAGCGUUACAACACAAAGCUAAGCGAUUUUCAGACGUCUAGCAUGAUCAAGUUCGCUGUUACCUUGCCAAAGGAGCGCUGGGCUGCUGUACAGCAAGGUGUCCGUCUGCUGAACUGGGGUAACGAUCCUUACUUGCAGCACUAUGGGCUCAACAUCUCACAGAACGCUUCAAAGGUCAAGGCUCGCAUUUUGCCCUCUCCAAUCGUCCAGUUCGGUAACGGCUCAAAGGAGGCCACCAUCAAGCCCCAGGACAUGGUGGCUGGCCGAUGGCGUCUUGACGGCCGUAAGUUUGCCAUGAACAACAAGGAACGCCCAAUCAAGGGCUGGGGUGUCUGCGUUAUCAAUCACAAUCGAGCUCCUCCUCAAGCCGCUGUCGAGGGCUUUGUUCAGAAGUUCAUACAAAUCUACGAGAGCCACGGCGGUGUCUUCGCCGCUCAUCCCCAGCAUGGAAAAAAGCCCUGGAUGGGCUACGGCAACCUUGCCGAUGGCGGUGAACUUGUCGCUAAGGCCUGGAACCAGACUGGUAACCGCUACAAUACCAUGCCGAAUCUGCUCCUUUUUGUGGUCAACGAUCGCAAUGUCGAUGUGUACCGCCGCAUCAAGAAGUCUUGUGACAUCCGCUUCGGUGUUGCUUCCCAGGUUCUUCAGGCCAAGCACGUCAUGUCGGCCUCUCCCCAGUACAUCUCGAACGUCUGUAUGAAGAUCAACGCCAAGUUAGGUGGUGCCACCUGCGUUGCGAAGAGCGGUCUUAUCCCCAAGCUCAACCCCAAGGCCGCCUCCACCCCUACCAUGGUCGUUGGUGCCGACGUUUCUCACCCUGCUCCCGGUGCCGGUUCCGACCAGGCCGCCUCAUUCGCCGCCAUCACCGUCUCUGCCGACCCCUUCUUCGCCAAGUAUUGGGCUGAUGUCCAGACCAACGGCAACCGCGUUGAGAUGAUCACCUCCUCCAACAUCCAGGAACACUUCGGUCCUAUGGCCAAGAACUGGAUGCAGCGUCUUGGCCAAGGUAAGGCACCACAGCGUGUCCUCUUCAUCCGUGACGGUGUUUCUGAGGGCCAGUAUGCUGCUGUCCUCGAAGAGGAAGUCCGCGACAUGAAGGCUUUCUUUAGCCAGCUUGGCGGCACUAUGCCCAAGUUCACGGUUGUCAUCGCCGGCAAGCGCCAUCACAUCCGCUUCUUCCCCGACGCUGGCAAGGGUGACCGCAACGGCAACCCUCUUCCUGGUACUCUCGUCGAGACUGGCUGCACACACCCAUUCGAGUUCGACUUUUAUUUGUGCUCACAUGUCGCUAUCAAGGGUACUGCUCGUCCGAUUCACUACCAGUGCAUUCUCAAUGAGGGUGACUGGCAGGCUGCCGAACUUCAGCAGUUUAUUUUUGAGCACUCCUACCAAUAUGUCCGCUCGACCACUCCGGUCUCCAUGCAUCCCGCUGUCUACUAUGCCCACUUGGCUGCCGACCGAGCACGCGCUCACCUGAACGACAGCCCUGUCUCAUCGGGUAAGAAGGAGUCGCACGCUGAUCGUACCUCUGACACGGGCUCCUCCAACCGCAACGUCGAGGUCCCUCCUCUCAUGCGCAUCCACAACUCCCGUGGUCUGAAGGAUGUGAUGUGGUACAUCUAAGCUGUCGACGAUAGCUUUCAGGUUCCGGGUGGCUAUGAUAUGGUUCUGACUAUCUUCACGGGUUAUUUUUACGUCAUGGAUGGCCGAGUGGGUUUGCACUUCGAUGGUGGUACUCUGCAUGUCAACAGUCGAGCUUCAGCGACACGUCAGACCUGGUGGUGGAGAAUUUGGGAUAUUUUGCUCUUGAUUUUUGUUUACGGCGGCUGCAAGUCAUUGAAAGCUUUCAGCAUGGCAUGCGAUCCUGGAAGUGGAAGUAUGGCGA